GGCCAACGCUUUAGUGGCGAGCUCUUAUUGUGAAGGCGAGAUGAGGCCGGUACAAUGCUUAGUCACGCUGAGUUACAGCUUUCUCCUCCUUUCUGUGUGGUUCGCAGCUCGGCAGACCGCGAUGGAGGAAUUGUUCUAGACUACGCUGUCAGCUGAACCAACUGCUUCUUGGUAAAUAAACAAACAAAUAGGUGGGCAUCCUCAAGGAAGGCUUCUCCAGAGAAAACAACGAAACACCGCUACCACUUCAUUCCUAAAGGCUCAACUGCCUCACCUAGAGUCUCAGACUCUGAAUAGCUCUUUUGAAGACAGCUUUGAUUAUUACUUUUUGUAACAAAGCAACAGAUUUGACUUUUUUUUUUUUUUUUUUUUCUUAAUCACUGUGCAAGAUUGAUCUGCACAGUUUGUGAAUCUGGCACAGCUCUUGAGUUGUUUGAUUGAAGACUUUUUGAGCAGUCAAAAUAUAUUUGAUUAGAAGACUCAGAGGAAGACAAGAUAACAGAGACGUACUGCAAACUGACUGUUUUUAUUGCCGGGUAUGAUUAAUACGUUUCUGCUGAAAUCAUAGAGAAGUGGAACGGAAAGCAACCGUGUUGCCAACACAAACAACUGAUCUGAGUCUGGAGCAGUUCUUACUUUGCCUGCUAUUCUCUAACUCUUUCAACCUUCAAACAAAACCAGAGGGACCCUUAAUUCAAAGCAUUCUAAUUAUGUUGGAAAUGCAGCAUAUAUUUGUACAUGCAGCCAUGAGUGGCAGCUCGCAUUCAACGCUCUAGUAAUGCCAUAACGGGCCGAAUGGCUGGACUGAAGUACUGAACAGAGCAAGGAAAUCCCCAUGUCUUUAUAAGCCAGACAUAACUCUUUUACUCAUAGAAAAGUCAGGAGAGCCUGGAGCUUCCUGUGUGGCUGUCUACCAAAUUCCUCAAAUUAAAUUCUUUUUUUAUUUCAACCCAUGCCUGCAUGUGGUGCAAGGAUGCCCCAUAACGCCGUCCACUGUUCUUGAGAAAGCGACCGAAGAGGAGGAGAAAAGGUAGGAAAUGACAGAGUGUUUGACAGAAUACAAAGCGCUGGUGACUCCGUCCACGCGCAAUGGCCACCGCGUCUUCAGCUACACGCUCGAGAGCCACACGUCAGCCGCCUUCGCCAUCAUGAACGAGCUGCGCCUGGAGCGGCAGCUGUGCGACGUCACGCUGCGCGUGCGCUACAAGGACCUGGAGGCGGUGGACUUUGUGGCUCACAAGGUGGUGUUGGCCUCCUCAUCCCCGGUCUUCAGGGCCAUGUUCACCAACGGCCUGAAGGAGUGCGGUAUGGAGUUGGUGCCCAUCGAAGGAAUUCACCCCAGGGUUAUGGACAGACUGAUAGAGUUUGCCUACACAGCCAGCAUCUCUGUGGGUGAGAAGUGUGUCAUCCAUGUGAUGAAUGGUGCUGUCAUGUACCAGAUAGACAGCGUGGUCAAGGCCUGCUGUGAUUUCCUCGUCCAGCAGCUUGACCCCAGCAACGCCAUUGGCAUUGCCAGCUUUGCAGAGCAGAUCGGUUGCACAGAGCUCCACCAGAAGGCCAGAGAAUACAUCUACAUGAACUUCAGCCAGGUAGCAACCCAAGAGGAAUUCUUCAACUUGUCCCACUGCCAGCUGGUCAACCUGAUCAGCCGCGACGAGCUCAACGUGCGCUGUGAGUCUGAAGUCUUCCAGGCGUGCGUGGCCUGGGUACGCUACGACCGGGAGAACCGGCGACCGUACGUCCAAGCCUUACUCCAGGCUGUCCGCUGCCAUUCCCUCACCCCCAACUUCCUGCAGACCCAGCUUCAGUCUCUGGACUGGGACCCACAGUGUAAAGACUACCUGGCUCAGAUCUUCCAGGACCUCACCCUCCACAAACCCACCAAAGUGAUUUCUUGCAGAACUCCCAAGGUGCCGCAGCUCAUCUACACAGCAGGGGGUUAUUUCCGUCAGUCGCUCAGCUACCUGGAGGCUUACAAUCCUUGCACGGGAACCUGGCUGAGGCUUGCCGACCUGCAGGUACCCCGAAGCGGCUUGGCCGCCUGUGUGAUCAGCGGGCUUUUCUAUGCUGUUGGUGGAAGAAACAACGCGCCUGAUGGCAACAUGGACUCAAAUGCUUUAGACUGUUACAAUCCUAUGAACAACUGCUGGCUGCCGUGCGCACCCAUGAGCGUGCCCAGGAACCGAAUCGGAGUCGGAGUCAUCGAUGGCAUGGUAUAUGCAGUUGGUGGAUCACAUGGGUGCAUUCAUCAUAAUAGUGUGGAAAGGUAUGAUCCAGAAAAGGAUCAGUGGCAGCUGGUAGCCCCGAUGUUAACACGGCGUAUCGGUGUGGGUGUGGCAGUCAUCAACCGGCUGCUCUACGCUGUGGGGGGGUUCGACGGGGCCAACCGGCUCAGCUCCUGUGAGUGCUACAACCCUGAGAAGGAUGAAUGGAAGACCAUGGCCCCCAUGAACACUGUUCGCUCCGGAGCUGGUGUGUGUGCACUUGGCAAUCAGAUCUUUGUGAUGGGCGGAUACGACGGCACCAACCAGCUGAACACGGUGGAGCGCUAUGAUGUAGAAACCGAUACAUGGAGCUUUGCUGCCUCCAUGAGGCACAGACGCAGUGCUCUGGGAGUCACUGCGCUGCAUGGACGCAUCUAUGUGUUGGGAGGUUACGAUGGCAGCACUUUCCUCGACAGUGUGGAGUGUUACGACCCAGAGCAGGACACUUGGUCAGAGGUGACCCACAUGACUUCAGGGCGGAGCGGCGUGGGAGUGGCUGUCACCAUGGAGCCCUGCCAAAAGGAUGUAUCGCAGUGUCAGGCGUGUGACAGUGGAAGAACCAGUGGCAAGGCGGACCCUUAGGCAAAUGCACGUGAAGAUCUGAGCAGGACCCGAUCCACACACAUGCACAACAAGCAUCUCAAAACUGACCUGUGAAAACUGGUCAUUUAAAUUGAGUAUUGUUAUAAGAUCCAGACGGUCCAGCUGUGUGCUCCAAUGCGGCAUUUAAAGCCCUCAGCUAGAUUAUCAUUUCUAAAGUUCAAGAAAAGGGCUCCAUAGUAAAAAGGUCACUUUACUGGCCCGAUGAGUCAUCAGGGGCUCUUUAUUGCAUUUAAAGAGCAAACUAAAUCUGAUAGGUGAAGGAAAUACUUCAAGCGAUCAGAUUAUGUAAACAAAACGUAGCAUUUGUGUGUGUGCGUGCGUGUGUGUGUAUAGGCAGCAAUCAAAGUGCCAUUACAAUGCCUGUGGGCAUUAUCACUAUGUCAGUAUAUUCUCCUGAGGUGCUUGUGUGGGAAGGUACAGGCUGAGUCACUGUGUGGAAAUUAGUGUUAACCCAGACAGCCGCAAGAUGAAGAUCAUACAGUGGGCCUCAUGCAAGAACUUGUUUGACGUGCUUAUACAGGCCAUCUUAUUCCAGUCCAAUAGUUCUUUACAAAAUCACAAUCUGCACGUUUAAAAAUAAAUAAAUAAAUGAAGAAGAAGAAGAAUUUAAGCUCCUGAUGUUGGAUAUUGAGUGUCGGUCCAGUACUAGCAGUCCAAAAAACUGUAAUAACAGGAGAUUUUUGAUACAGAGUUAAGGUAUGUGAGCACAGGAACCAUUAUCUCCCUCCUGUUUAUUGUAAAUGUAGACAGUUAUUUGCUGUAGUAAUGUACAUGUUUAAACUCACCCUCUGUUUAUUUGCAUAAAAAUGAGUUCUAAUCUAUUUUUAUUUAAAGUAGACAUCCUGUAUGACGCCUGUGAAGGCACGCGGAAGAUAUUUAAAUCGGUUGUUGUUGAUCUAAACUGAAGACAGAUUCUGCAGCUCCAGAGCUCUUAUCCCACCUUAAAUAUUUUCAAAAACAUUUUGGGUUACUGGAUCACACACAAGAAUAUACCUGUGAUAUAAAAGAGGGUUUUCAAGCAAGCUGGCACAAUGGUUCCAGUUUGAAAUCCAAGAACAAACAGCCUGUGCGAGGCAUUUGGUGUUAGUGUGAUCCCUCGCCUGUAACACCACCCAUGACGUGUGCUGUUAGAUUCCAAGAAGAAAUACUUUGGCCUUUCUUACAUGACUACCUGAUGCUCGGCUGCCGGUUUAUUUUGGUAGGCACGGCUAAAACUAACAGUCCUGCAGUAAAUCCAUCUUUCACAGUGGGUUUCUACUGUUUUGUCGCUUUUCAGUGAUCUUAAUUGGGCAAAAUAAUAAACGCCUGUCACUUUGGUGCAUAACACUUCCACAGAAUGACCACCUUUUUAUGGAACCACUUAAUCAGAAAUUACAACCUUCAUGAAGGUAGGAUUUAUUGCAGGAUGUCAUAUUAUAGAGCAUUAGAUCUAGUUAAGUGUGUAUAAUCAUAAACUGGCAGCUGAGUUUCUGUUCCUUCAACUGUCAUUAUGCAGCUGUACGGGUGUGGGGAAAAAUGUGCAUGCACCUGCCGAAUUGUAUAAAUUGUCAUCUCAGAUUAUGGUCGAAAAGAUCUGCUUUAAGCAAGUGGUUCUUGCAUCAGGCCCAUUGUCACAAAUUCAAGUGUUGAUACAAGAGUCUGCAUAGUAACAAAUGUGUCCUUUAACUGAUUGCGUAAAAUGUGAAACUUUAGUAAAAUACUGAGCAAUGCUUCUUCUCGGGCUCCCUGAUUGUCAUCCAGUGGGAUCGGUGUGUAAAACGCCAACAGAAUGAAGAAAUUAGUUUAGGCUGCGUUUAGAGGAAUCAAUACUGUAGCAUUUAAAAAGCCUGGAUUCAAACAUCUCACUGAAUGUGUGGUUUUUGGUUUUGUUUUUUUUUAAUAUAAAAAAAAAACACUAUUUACUGACAGAAAUGAGACCCUCCCACCUGCAGUAAAAAAAUAAAAUAAAAUUGGGUUUUCACAUCCUUGAGACCUCAGACACAGAAAUGACCAUGUUUGUGCAUUAGUGUUCAAAUAUUGUAUACUAAUGAUUUAAAAAAAACAAAAACAAAAAAAACCCUUGCUUAAAAAAUGUAUUUGUAACAGCGGUUUAAGCUACAAAAGUUUUUAAGUGAUGUUUUGUACAUUGAUAUUCUACAAAGUCUUGUACAGGAAUUCAGAGCUCACUUUUUUAUUUAUUUGUUCAGGUCCUUUGUGAUUUUUCUUCUUCCUCUAAACUGACAUCAGCUUUGUAUUAAAUUGGACUCUGGUGUAGUGUUUUAAUAACUAGCAUGCAUUGUAACAAACUAGGAAUGCCUGUUAAUGCUGAUUUUGGAUGUUUGUUUAAAAAAAACAACAACAAAAAAAACAAAAAAAUGAGAAACCGACGCUUCACCUUGAAAGGGACCUUUUUUUCUCCCCUGUCCAAUGGUUGGAUUAGAGAUGAAAAUAUUUAACAUCUGCUUUGUACAUUUCUCCCCCCAAGCAAGAACUACCCUGUACAAUAAUGCACUGUUAAUUAAAAUAUGUUUAUUGCA